AUGUCACCGCUCUGCCCCUCCUGCGCAGCCAAAGAACGCAUUUUCCGCUGGCUCGGCAUCAACACGCCACCAUCAUCCACAAUUGAACACACUAUCAUACAAUUCCUCACCAACAUCUCCAACCAAGCCUUGCUACGAGAAACGACUAGCUACGGAUUGGGCUUGAGAAAAUUCCAUGUAUUCUGCAACAUCUUCCCCAUUCCAAAAGCCAACUGUCUGCCAGCAUCAUUCAAAUUACUGCACUCAUUCGCCCUUUGGGCUGUUUCUGACCCCUCCACAGCAGAACUAUUCCUGAAGUCAGCAACAACUGAAACAGUGCCCUUCGAGCCAGUUUCUGUGUCAGUUGCAAGAAAGUACCUUUCCACAAUCCAUGCCUGGCAUCUGGCACAAGGAUGGCCACCUCCGCUAUCACCAGAACAUUUCACACGGAUAAACUGGUCACUUGGCAGGAUGGAGAACUUGCAAGGAACAUGCCGCAGACCAGUCAGACCCCCAAUCACACUCCAUAUGCUAACCGCCAUCAAAGCCAACCUAUGGACAGAUCAGCCAUUCAAUGCGUGCAUAUGGGCAAUGUCCAGCUGCGCCUUCUUUGAAAUGAUGCAAUUCAGGAAAGUUGCAGUCAAUGCUCAUGUGAGUUUCAACAAAUCGAAACACAUCACACGAAAAGACGUUCACCUUGGAUUCGAUCUGACCGGGAAGCCUUAUGCCAGGCUCGAUCUACCACGAGCCAAGACAGCAAAGUCGGGAGAAACUCAAUCCAUCUUCAUCAUGGAACAAGGGGAGCUCUGCCCGAUCCAAGCACUGUGGAAUUUAGCAGAGGUCAUCCCAGCACUACCGGACGACCCAUUAUUCUCAUGGAGGGACAGCAAAGGGCUCAUUCACCCAAUGGUCAAGACUCGCACCAUCGAAAGAAUCAACAGCAUAUUGACUGCCUGGAAUUGGGGAACGACUUUUGGACAUUCAUUCAGAAUUGGUGGUGCCUCGUUCUACCUCGCUAACAAAGUAGACUUGGAGAUAGUGCACAUAGCUGGUCAAUGGAAAUCCCUAGCAUACAAGACUUACAUCAGAGCAUUCAAGCAAGUCGCAACUGUUAAGGUCAUGCUCAAGGGAAAGACUACUCAAAGGGCUUCGGCUUCAGCUUCAGCUUGUGUGCUGCGCCCCUUACCCGAGUAUGUGCCCUUAAUUUCUGGUGGGCAGAGGGGAAGUCCAAUGGAAGUCCGGGGGAGUUCCAAAGGACAAACAUCGGUGGAGUUCGGCAGAACUCCAGAAGACUAUGUGGGAAUGGAGUAA